AUGAAAGGGCUGAAGGGGAGAAUCCUCAAGAAUCUGAAGUCGAUCCCGCAGGUGGGCUACAUCAGUCCGCCCUCCCGCGUCCUCCAGGCGCUCUCCCCCAAUGCGCUGCUCCCAUCUCCGUCCCCGCCGGCCCGCCCCUGGACUAGCCGGCGACCUCCGCCGCCCUCCGAUGCGGGGAGAAGUUCCGAUCUGCUUCCCGUCGGCGCAGCGCGGGGAGACGGGGAGCGGCAACAGGAAGAUGACCCUCCCCUCCUCCGCAAAGGCCCUCCUCUGGAGGAACACGACGAUCCCAUCGCCACCGGCAGGGCGAUCAGGGACUUGGAGGACGACGAGGCCGACAGCAGAGAGAACAUCACGGCGGCGCGGGUCGGAUCGGCGGCAGUGGCAGCAGCGGAGGACAACGGAAAGCCGCUGCUCGGAGCGGUUAGUCACCAGAAGAGACCUCCGGCAUCGGGGCAGAGGGAUGCAUCUUCGCGUUACAGGCGCCCGGAUCUGAACUCGGCCAGUCUUUUCGACCCCGAUCUCCUGGCGGCAUUCGAGCAGGCGGUGAUGGAGUACGGCCGCAGCUACCAGGAGUUGCGCCCCAAGGCCGACUCCACCGCCGACCGGCGGUGGGCAGAAGAGGAAAAGGAUGACGCAGGAGAAGACGGACCCCCGUGCAAGGUGCCCAGAAGAGUCGUUGGGGGGGAUGAGGAGGAGGAGGUGGAUCCCCUGGAGGGGUUCGAAUGGAGGUGCCCGCCGGGGGGCGGCGACGGCGUGGUGCUGUACACGACGAGCCUGCGGGGGAUCAGGAAGACUUUCGAGGACUGCAACAAAGUUCGGGUCUUGCUAUGCAGCUUCCGCGUGACAUUCGACGAACGAGAUGUGUCGAUGCACUGGGAGUACAGGGAAGAGCUGCGGCGGACCCUCGGCGGCGGCUGCGGUGCCGUCAUCCCUCCGCGGCUGUUCGUGAAGGGGAGGCACAUCGGAGGCGCCGAGGAGGUGCUCGGCCUGCACGAGCAGGGAGGGCUACGGGGGCUGCUGUGGGGCCUUCCCGUCGACAGGUCGGGCGGCGCGCCGUGCCGGCGGUGCGGCGGCGUACGGUUCGUGCUCUGCGGGGAGUGCAGCGGCAGCCGCAAGGUGUUCGCGGAGGGCGGCGGCGGGGGCGGGGAGGCGGCGGCGAGGUGCAGCAAGUGCAACGAGAACGGGCUGGUCGUGUGCGCCCUCUGCUGCUCCCGGGGCUCCCCCUCCUGCAACGGUGGAGCGACCGGAAAAGAAGACGAAGGCCUUUCCCUCUGCUUGCCCACCGACCCAACUUCAUCCCGCGCCCACCUCUUACCUGCUGAAUGA